AUGGCGAAAGAGCUUUGGAAGGAUCAUUGUGUGCUCCUCAACAAGGAUGAAGAAAAUGAGCUGGAGAUACUUGGCUACAAAACCCAAGGCUGGCGGAGGGUCUUGUGCAUUGCUGGAUACAUCUUGUCCUGUGGGGCUCUGCUGCUGCUGUUUUUCUGGAAGCCAGAGUGGGACGUGUGGGCAAACUGCAUCCGCUGCAGCCUGGAAGAAGCGGACAUUGUUCUCCUCAGAACAACAGAUGAGUUUCAGAGAUACACCCGGAAGAAAGUGACCUGGAUUGAUUUGUCCACAUUGGCACUACCUGUUGGUAGUAGUUCAGAUGGUCCUCUUGUAGCUGAUAAAGACUCUGUCAUAAACAGAGCCAUAAUGAAGCCACAGUUAAAGGUGAGAUGUAUCCAGGUGCAGAAAAUCCGUUAUAUUUGGGACUUUUCUGUAAAAGAAUUCAAGAAAGUUGGAUCAUUAGAAGACAGCAACACAUGUCACAGCAUACACCACAAGUUUGGAGCUGGCCUGACAAGGGAAGAACAGAAGAUCAGGCAGCUGGUGUGUGGGCCUAAUGCCAUUGAAGUUGAAAUUCGUCCUAUUUGGAAGUUACUUUUUAAAGAGAUUUUAAACCCCUUCUACGUGUUCCAAGCCUUCACCCUCAUGCUGUGGCUGAGCCAAGGCUACAUUGAAUAUUCAGUGGCCAUCAUAAUCCUAUCGAUCAUUUCUGUUGGCUUAACUGUGUACAACCUCAGACAGCAGUCUACCAAGCUGCACGACCUCGUUGAGGAGCAUAACAAAGUCCAGGUUACAGUCUGCACGAAGAGCGAAGGUUGCAAAGAGCUGGAGUCUUGUUACUUAGUCCCUGGAGACAUGUUUCUUUUAGAUGGAAAAAAGCUCGCUCUCCCAUGUGAUGCUGUCCUGAUUGAUGGAAGCUGCAUUGUGAAUGAAGGGAUGCUCACAGGUGAAAGCAUUCCGGUUACUAAAACCCCCUUGCCCCUCGUGGAGAGUCCGAUGCCCUGGAAAACCCACAGCAUGGAAGACUAUCGGAGACACGUCCUCUUCUGUGGGACAGAAGUCGUACAGACGAAGCCCACGGGCAGAGGACCAGCAAGAGCCAUUGUGCUGCAAACUGGGUUCAAUACAGCUAAAGGUGACCUGGUGAGAUCCAUCCUCUACCCCAAGCCCGUGAACUUCAAACUCUACAGAGAUGCCUUCAAGUUCAUCGUAGGCCUCUCUGUCAUUGGCGUGUUCGGACUCAUCUACACCGUGUGUGUGUUCACGUCCCACGAGAAGCCGGUGGUAGACGUGGUGGCUAUGGCCCUCCUCCUCCUCACCGUGGCUGUGCCUCCAGCUAUCCCCGCUGCCUUGACAACAGGCACUGUUUAUGCCCAAAGGAGGCUGAAGAAAAAGAAGAUUUUCUGCAUCAGCCCACAGAGGAUUAAUAUCUGCGGGCAGAUCAACCUUGUUUGCUUUGACAAAACGGGCACGCUGACAGAAGAUGGACUGGACCUGUGGGGCGUCAUCCCUUCCGAAGGAAGCCGGUUUCAGAAAAUCCAUAAGUUCCCAUCCAGCACUCCUCUGCCGUGGGGACCUGUGUGCGGAGCCAUGGCAAGCUGUCAUUCACUGGUUGUUUUAGACAAGAAGAUUCAAGGAGAUCCACUGGACUUGAAAAUGUUUGACAGCACACACUGGGAGGUAGAAGACUCCAGCACAGCUCGGGAUGGGGCUGGUGCUCUCGAGACCUGCAUCGUUAGACCAGGGCUGAAGGCCAGCAGUGCUCCCGUGGAAGGAAUAGCAAUCCUACAUCAAUUCCCAUUUUCUUCUGGGCUGCAGAGGAUGUCUGUUGUUUCACAGAAGAUCGGAGAGGAACAGUAUGACCUGUACAUGAAAGGAGCACCAGCAACAGUGUCCAGCUUUUGCAGACGAGAUACUGUCCCAGCUAAUUUCUUAAAGGAGCUUAAGAUGUACACAAGCCAAGGCUUCAGAGUCAUUGCCCUGGCCCAUAAAGUGCUAAACCUAGGAAAGGAUGUAGAUGUGAGCAACCUAAAGAGAGAGGAGGCAGAGUCUGGGCUGACGUUCCUGGGCCUCCUGGUGAUGGAGAACCGCCUGAAGCAGGAGACAAAGCCUGUGCUACAAGAGCUGGCUGCUGCCUGCAUCAGGAGCGUCAUGGUCACAGGGGACAACUUGCAGACAGCUGUCACGGUGGCCAGGAACGCAGGUAUGAUUCACAUUGGCAGCAAAGUCAUCCUCGUCGAAGCAAAUGAACCGGAGGGCUCCACUCCAGCUUCCAUUGCCUGGCGAUUGGCAGAAGACAGCAAAGCAAACACAGCUGCUCCCCGUGAGGUAUGUGCUAAUACUGAGGAAAAGAUCACCCUGGAAGGAGAAACCUGCAACUACCAUUUUGCAAUGAAUGGAAAGUCCUAUCAGGUUAUUAUAAAGCACUUCUACAGCUUGCUGCCAAAAAUACUGGUGAAUGCGACUGUCUUUGCUAGGAUGUCUCCUGGCCAGAAGUCCAGCCUUGUUGAAGAGUUUCAGAAACUCGAUUACUACGUGGGUAUGUGUGGUGAUGGCGCCAAUGACUGCGGGGCUUUGAAAAUGGCCCACGCAGGGAUAUCACUGUCAGAGCAGGAGGCAUCCGUGGCCUCGCCUUUCACCUCCCAAAUCCCCAACAUCCAGUGUGUGCCGGAGUUGAUCAGGGAAGGUCGAGCUGCUUUGGUUGCCUCCUUCGCUGUGGUUAAAUACCUGACCCUUUAUGGCCUGAUUCAGUUUGUUGGUACCGCUCUGCUGUUUUGGCAACUGCAAAUCUUUGGGAAUCACCAGUAUUUGAUACAAGACAUCAUCAUUACCCUUCUGGUUUGCCUAACAAUGAGCUUGACUGAAGCCUACCCAAAGCUAGCACCUUAUCGCCCUCCUGGCCAGCUCAUCUCUCCUCCGUUGCUGCUCUCCAUCAUCCUCAACCUGUGCUUUACUAUAAUCAUGCAAACCUGUGGCUUCCUUCUGGUGAAGCGGCAGCCCUGGUACGUCGCGCUGGCCAGCCAGAGACAUUGCUCUCCAAGGAACCAGACCAUGUUCCCCACCAGCCCAGGGGAAAACAGUACCAGCAGUGGUGCCCAGAGCACUGUCCUCAGUUACGAAGACACUACACUGUGGCCACUGUCUUCUAUCAACUGCAUCAUUGUGGCCUUUGUCUUUUCCAAGGGAAAGCCCUUCCGGAAGCCCAUCUACACCAACCAUGUAUUUUCAGUCCUCCUGGCCCUCCAGCUUGCAAUCUGCCUCUUCCUCUUCUUUGCUGACAUUGAUGCUGUGUACAGUGGCAUGCAGUUUCUUUGCACUCCUGUGAUCUGGAGAGUUUAUGUCUUACUGAUGCUCUUGGUCACCUUUUGUGUAUCUCUUUUUACAGAGGAUGUGAUCUUGCAGAACAAACACCUCUGGCUGCUGAUUAAAUCCUGGUUUGGAUACCAGUCAAACAGCCAGUACCGAAAAUGGCAGAGGAUGCUGCAGAGGGAUCCCAACUGGCCUCCCUUAAACACAAAAGACUUUGCAGCAAAAACCACAGAGGAGAUUUACAUUAACCUUACCUAUGAAUACAGCAACGAGGACUAGGCAAGACCCUGCAGCCGAGUGUGGGGCUGCACAGUGCUGGCAGCUUCCCCAGCUUGCACUGAACAGCCCGUGUUUUCAUCCUUUGAUGUGCACCAGAUUCAGAUGUUUGAAAUCCCUGCACAAACCUGUCCGUUCAGGGGCAGGCUGGGCCUGUGCUGGCUGUGCCCUGGAGCACAGGCGUGGCUUAUUCUAUUGGCUGCUGGUAAAAUAACAGCCUUGACUCUACUCCAUGGCAACAGCAGGUCUUGUGCCUUGCCAACAUCUCCUACAACGGCUCAAAAAUAUUGAAUACAGCGAAGUGAUGGCUUCUGCUGCUCUACGUCACACUCCAUGUUUCAGUAACUGCUCCACCAAAUCCUGUCAAUGCACCCACCAGGCUUGAUGGGACAGCAAUCCAAAAUAAGUGACCUAAUCUUGACCACAGAGGAGCACAUGUACAAUUGCAAAAUCCUGCAUUAAAGGACAUGCUGCAGCUUCCAAGAACUACAAGAAAGUUCCCCAGAUGAAGUAAUUCCAGUUUUCUUGCAUCCCAGCGUGAAUUACAGAUGUGAGAGGGUGCAUAUGCUGCCCUCACCCAGCUCUCCCUUGCCAGUUCUUGCAGACAUAAUGCUCAGAGUACAGGAAAGGUUAAAGCUCACAGAUUGCUGUAAGACCAGGCUGGGAAGGCCGGUGAGAAUAUGCUCCACUUAAGCUUGCAAAGGCAGGGGACAGCACAGCUGCUGCACGCAUGUCCCCCCUCCCAGUUCAUACUCUGCUGCUGCCAGGUCCUGGCCCAGGUUUGGUGUCAUGUGUCAGAAAGCAGAGCUAAGCUUUGGCUUCUUGCUUUAACUAGGUCCUGCCAAGAAGCAGGGGUUUUAAUGUGCUCUGGCCCAUGGCUGCUGGACAGGUUCAAGAAGCUGAGCCCCUCUGUACUUGCUCUUUCACCUUCAAGUUGUUCAACCACCUAAUUAGUUUAGCCAUGAAAAAACUUUUGAUUAUAUUUGCAGGAAGCAAAAAAGGACUUUCAGGUUCAGUUUUAUUGUAAUAUGUUUUCCCACAUUAAAAAAUAACUUUAUUUAAAUGUAAUAACAGAGGGCACUACAAAAUAAGGUCAGAAGUCUUGGCUUUGUUAUUUCAAACAUUGAAACAACUGAUGUUUAAAAAAAGCUUCUGAUCCCGUUAUGUACAUGUUAAGAGCAGACAAAAAUAGCAAGCCUCUUACAGUCAGCUCUUUUGCUCCUAUCUCUUCUUACAGUCCAGGCAGUUGCCUGUGGCAUAAAGCAACACAGGAUUUAAUUUCUUAC